AUGUGUGGUAUCAGGAUUGAACCCGGGAUGGGAUUGAACCAGCUGCCCUUUGACCCUGCCAACAACAACGAGCCCCUGCAAUUUGGUAGUGCCAGUGGCCCUUUGGUCACGGAAGGCCUCAUUGAGAAUGGAGGGGAAUCAAGCAAGAAAAGGAAAAGAACAAAUACUCCUUCAGCUGAUAAUAAUAGAACGCUGAAUGUGGAUUCUGCUCCAGUGACGUUACCUAUGUCUGAUCCAACUGCAUGGGCCACAGCAAUGAAUAAUCUUGGAAUGGCACCGCUGGGAAUUGCUGGACAACCAAUUUUACCUGAUUUUGAUCCUGCACUUGGAAUGAUGACAGGAAUUCCACCAAUAACUCCAAUGAUGCCUGGUUUGGGAAUAGUACCUCCACCAAUUCCACCAGAUAUGCCUGUUGUCAAGGAAAUCAUACACUGUAAAAGCUGCACACUCUUCCCUCCAAACCCAAAUCUUCCACCUCCAGCAACCCGAGAAAGGCCCCCAGGGUGCAAAACAGUGUUUGUGGGCGGCCUGCCUGAAAAUGGAACAGAGCAGAUCAUCGUGGAAAUGUUUGAACAGUGUGGGGAGAUCAUUGCCAUUCGAAAGAGCAAAAAGAAUUUCUGCCACAUUCGCUUUACUGAGGAGUACAUGGUGGACAAGGCCCUUUAUCUUUCUGGUUACCGCAUUCGCCUGGGAUCUAGCACAGACAAGAAAGACACUGGCCGUCUCCAUGUUGAUUUUGCACAAGCUAGAGAUGACCUCUAUGAGUGGGAGUGUAAACAGCGCAUGCUUGCAAGAGAGGAGCGUCAUCGUAGAAGAAUGGAGGAAGAAAGACUGCGCCCACCAUCUCCACCACCAGUGGUCCACUAUUCAGAUCACGAAUGUAGCAUUGUUGCUGAAAAACUGAAAGAUGAUUCCAAAUUCUCAGAAGCUGUACAGACUUUGCUCACCUGGAUCGAACGAGGGGAGGUCAACCGUCGAAGUGCCAACAACUUCUACUCAAUGAUACAGUCAGCCAACAGCCACGUCCGCCGCCUGGUGAAUGAGAAGGCUACCCAUGAAAAAGACAUGGAAAAAGCAAAGGAAAAAUUCAAACAAGCUCUUUCUGGAAUUCUUAUUCAAUUUGAGCAGAUAGUAGCUGUGUAUCAUUCCGCUUCCAAGCAAAAGGCAUGGGACCACUUUACAAAGGCCCAGCGUAAAAACAUCAGCGUUUGGUGCAAACAAGCUGAGGAAAUUCGCAACAUUCAUAACGACGAAUUAAUGGGAAUCAGACGAGAAGAAGAAAUGGAAAUGUCUGAUGAUGAAAUAGAAGAAACAACUGAAGCAAAAGAAGCUGAAGAACCAGCUUUAGUAUCACAGGCGGAAGCUCUGAAGGAAGAAAAUGACAGCCUGCGCUGGCAGCUUGAUGCUUAUCGAAAUGAAGUUGAACUGCUGAAACAAGAACAAGGCAAAACCCACAGAGAGGAUGACCCAAACAAGGAUCAGCAGCUGAAACUCCUGCAGCAAGCCCUGCAAGGAAUGCAACAGCAUCUACUCAAAGUGCAAGAGGAAUACAAAAGGAAAGAAGCUGAACUUGAAAAAAUCAAAGACGACAAGUUACAGGUGGAAAAAAUGUUGGAAAGUCUUAAAGAAAAGGAAAGCACUGCGUCUAGGCUGUGUACAUCCAGCCAGGAUAGUGACUACCCUCUCGAGAAGAACCUGAACAGCAGCCCCAUCAAAUCUGAACGGGAAGCACUGCUAGUGGGAAUUAUAUCCACUUUUCUUCAUGUACAUCCAUUUGGUGCAAGCAUUGAGUACAUAUGUUCCUACUUGAACCGUCUAGAUAAUAAGAUCUGCACCAGCGAUGUGGAGAGCCUCAUGGGCAGACUCCAGCAUACCUUCAAACAGGAAAUGACUGGAGUUGGAGCCAGUUUGGAGAAGAGAUGGAAGUUUUGUGGCUUUGAGGGCUUGAAACUGACCUGAGUCAUUUUUGCCAAACCACCUGGGAUCCUAAAAAAAUCCGUGUGUUGGGCAAGUUUAGAGAGUGAUUUGUUUUCAGCGGUUUUCAUGUGG